AUGCAAAUAAAGAAGACCCCCCAUAUCAUCAAGCGGUUGGCUGAGGUGGCACCUCCUCUCAAGGAGUUUGUUGAAACUUUAGAAUCAUGUCCGCUUGAUGAUCUGAUAAUUAAGAUCCGAGAGUUUGGCUCAUUGCCAUGGGAUAGGCCCAGAGGUGACUUAUGUGCCUGGAUUCCGGUUCUAAACAGAUUCGAUCUUAUCCUCGAGGAGUUCGUCACAAAAUACGAACUCAAUACUGACUUUCCAAGACCGGUUGAGAUAAGUAAAGAAGACGAGUAUGUGCUUGUAAACGUUUUACAAUUCAGCAGCUUUCUGUUGGAGAAGUGCUCUAAUCGUGGUAUUUAUGCUAGCAUAAAACAUCUAUCUCACUUGAUAAAUGCCACAUCGCCCAGUAUUGUCGCUGCUGCGCUAAGAGUUUCGGUACAACUGGCUCAUCGAUUUGCUCAAAGUAGAGCUGGAAAAGGCAAUGUGACUGCCUUGGACCCUGAAAAAAUAUUCAAGCUGGCCACCUUGCUGCCAACUUCUCAUUGGGAGACUCCUGAUAAAAGGGAUAUUGCUUAUGUUGACUAUAUCACAAAAAAUAGUGAACACUACUGGGAUGGCGACGAGUGGUUAACAUUUAGUAUACAGUAUUAUGUUCGAAGUGGAGAAAACAAAGGAAAGGACGGAAGUCCCAAUGCCAAUUCCAGUGGCAGCGGUGUUACGGGUUCCGCCAACACCGCUGGACAUUCCCGUGCGACCAAUUCUUCAUUUCAGCCUCAUACGCCGACGAGGUCACUGUCCCACAGACAGCCUGAUGCCCUCGGAUUGUCAUCGUCGGCCUCACCCAGUUUAGUCCCAGUUAGCACACCCAGUCAGACGUCUUCUGCUGGGGCUGCCUCCGCUGUGAUGCCUUCUUCUUCUGAGGCCACUGAAGGAUUGGCCACUUUGCAUGUUUCUGCUGAAGAUAUCAGAAACCUUUCAUUUGUACAACUUCUAGAGAAGCUGUAUUCAGCUUUACCACAAGAAUCGUGGUUUAUGGCCGCCUGCAAGGCUCGUGUGGCCAAGGCUUGCACUAACCCAAUGUCAGCUGAGUCUAUCGAACUUCGCCGCGAGCUGUGUAAGAUUCAAUUUUCUGCAUUAUCUUUUGCCUGUUGCACUUUUAGUGAAGCAACCGUAGACAGUCGGAUCAUUACAAAAGCGCCCAAUUUGAUCCGUCAAAUCGCAAGUAUAAUUUCUCCUGAAAACUCUUCCGUUGUUGAUACCGAGUUCUCAAUCCUUGCUCUUGAAGCUCUAGAAUUUGUGUGUCACCAACCUGCUCGACGAUCAGAUGUUUUAGCGGCAUUGUCGGCAAAUGUAUCUCAUGGUGUUUUGAUGACUGUUGUAAGAAAUAUCAUUCGUGAUUUGCAGAAUGAUGAGCAGCAUACAUUUAAUGAAGAAUUUGCAUGUCGUAUUUUCCGACUUAUUCUGCAAUUAGCAUUUACUCAAAGUCUUGGGGCUAUACUUGUCACCACUGGACUUGUUCAACUACUCCUGGAGGUCAUUGUUAUACAGACACCGUAUGUCCGCACUUUAGGUGCCGCCAUGGAGCUUCUAGACCAAGUUAUCAUUGAUAUCUCAUCAACAUUUUCAACUUUCAGUCAAUCAGGUGGUAUUGGGAUUCUUAUUGAAGUUAUAAAAAGAGAAAUUAGCUGCGAUCUGAGUCCUGAUAGGCCCAAGGAAAAAAUACCAGACUAUUGUACAGUGGAUUAUACACUAUCAUUUUACAGAUCACAGUGGGUUAGAUCAUUAUUUGUGGUUGUUUCAAAUAUUCUUGUCCAUACUAGAACUUCCGAAAACAUUCAUAAUUUGGUUGAUUCGCCUCUUUUGGAGGCGUCCAAACAAGUAAUCUCCAAUCCUACUAUUUUUGGUUCUAGGAUUGUUUCUCUUAAUCUCCAAAUUCUCUCUAGUAUGCUUGAAAACGAACCUUCGUCAUUUGGUAUCAUGCAUGAAGCUAAAUUAGUUGAUUCUGUUUUAAACCAAGUCCCAAUUUUAUUGGAGAAGUCAUUUUCUUAUUUUUCGCCUAUUGCCAAACUCAUUGGAGCUUUGUCUCACAAUGAAAACGGCAUCAAGAUAAUUCAAGAGAGAAAUAUGAUUGCCAAAUUUAUGGAAAGUUUGUCAAACAGCCUGACAACUAAUGAGACUUUACCUCUCCUUGGUGCUGUAUUUGAAGGUUUAACUUCAGACCAUCCUGAGCUUCGUAAACAAGUUAUCUCGGAGAGUAAGGUUCUUCUGAGAGAUCUCCCCAAACUUUUAGAACCAGUAUCAGAUCCUAGCAAAUUCUAUCUCGAAUCGGAACCGUCAAAUGUAACCAACCAUAGAAGUCAGAACGAGGCCGAGAGUCAUAAUUCCAUGGGCGACUCAAAUGCGGACAUUGAUAUUGAUAUCGAUGCGAAUGGUCAGGCAGAACAACCUACGACAACGGAGGCUUCAAUUGCCCCUGAAACGCCUGAGGUUGUCGUCAUUGUGGGAUAUGUCGCAUCUUUUUUCGAUGGUUUGCUUAAAAAUCAUUUAACUCGUGUACAGUUCAUCAAGCAAAACGGCGUGACUGAUCUUCUCAAGAUUUUUGAAAUACCAAACCUACCCUAUGAUUUUGCUUUUAGUUCAGUUGGGUACACAUUAGGAAGAAUUCUUCGAGCACUGUUUACCCUAGAUAUCGAUAGUGACGCUAUCCAACGGGAAAUUAUCGAGAGAAUUGAGAGAAGUCUUACGGAAGUAGAAGAAAAAAUUCGUGAGACGACCCUUGAAAGUCAAAUUGUCCGUGAUGAUGUUCACUUGGAUGGAAUUCAGCGAUCUUUAGCGAUUCUUAAUGGGUUACUCCAAGCCUUUUUUCAAAUGGUAUUUUAUGACUACGGCACUGGAUAUAGAGUUAUGUUUGUUCUGGAUAAAAUUGUCGAGGGAAAGUGCGAAGAAAAUUUCAUUACCCGGUUGGCAAGAGUGCAGAGAUGGUGUAUCUGGCAAGAAUCACGAUCUUUAGAUGGGCUAUCUAAUCUAUUUAUCGAAGCGACAAGACCAUUAUCUGUAGAUAUCACGCGGAACGAGACUGAUGAUUACAAAAAGAUUAAAGAAGCGGAGGCCAAACUUGAGGAUUCUGUUUCCAAAUUUUUCACUCAUGUUAAGGCCUUUAGAUUUGUUGCCAAUGCCAACUCAAUAAUGACGUCGAAAAUAUUCUCCGAGUUUGCUGCGAUUUGCACAAACGAGCGAGCUAUAUCAUCUAGAAAAAAAAAUGGACUCAAAAUGGCUGAUCUAUUGGCGGAUGGUAUGGUUGGUCUUUUGGAAUUUGCUCCAUUGGCAUACGGAUUUGCAAGUGACGAUAUUUACCAACAGGCAAAGCUUCAUACCUUAAUUAGUACAUUAGCUGUGCUGCAAAGAGUGAUGUUCAAGUCAUGGAAUUCAACCCUGGCUGCGUACCUAGGAGUUUUCGUCAUGUUCAAGCAGCAAGGAGGACUCCAAAAGUUGCUUGAUUUGCUAAGAGCACUUUGGCAGUUGAAUGUGCAAGGGAAUGGCUCUAGUGAUGGUGUCGAGAGCACAAGCUCGUUGCUUUUAUUUGCUCAGAAAGUGAUCCUCAUGUUCCUUGGGUACACAAUUUCACAUCGUUCUUUACUAGAGAAUGCCCGCUUAGUAUCGCCUCUUUCUUCGAGAGAUAAUAGUUAUAAAAACAAAGAGUUCUUCAACCCAAAGCAAUUUUUUGUGGAAUGCCGUAUUAUUGUCCUUUACUCGCUGCAGCCACUGUGGGAUUCUGAGAAUUUGGACUCAAAGGAUUUUCAGAUAUCCCAACUGUUCCUGGAUAUUAUGACGAAACUAUUUUCAUUUACUGGUGAAGAUGGAAGUGACAAAGGCCCGAGGGAUAAGUUACCUAGAGACCUGUCGUGGAAGUUCAUCUGCCCAUCGGAAUACAAGGUGGACGCACUCGUAGAGAUCGGAUUCCCAGAAGCCGCUGCUCGUUCCGUAUUAAAAGAACACAAUGACAAUAUUUCGGAAGCGUAUACCACCUUAAUAGAGAGAACCGACGUUAUUCCUUCUGUUUCGCUGGAAGAAAUUUCAGUGAAUGAUCCAGGCAACAUCGGAAGCUCUGCGCCGACAACUGAAACUGGAAAGCGAUUAGUUCUUUUGGCAGACUUAAAUGAACUAAGAGACUCAAUAAAGUCUAAACUAAUUGAUAGGACCCUCAACUUGAUUCAAAGUCACCCAAAGAAUGUGUAUGCUGCUUCGCAACUCAUUAUUAAAGCGCACUCCGCUUUCCCAGGAAUGCGAUCUGAGAGAGAAAAAGAGGCUUUGGCUGCUGUUCACAAGGAUAUUGUGACAACCAUUUUACAGGCAUUAUCCUCCUGUGAUGUUGACAGUGAAACACACGAUCAGCAGAUUGCUGCUGUUUCUCAUUUCCUGGGGAUAAUAUUGAAGGACAGCUCUUUCUUCCAAAGUUGCUUUGAAGAUCUCGUCGAGUCAAUUGACAUUUUUGUAUCCCUAUUGGCUUCUAGCAAUGCCCAUGAAAAGGACUGGUAUCCUAGUGUGUUGCUUAUUCUGGAAAGGAUUGUAACAAAUGUUUCGGUGCCUAAUCCUGAACAAGCCACCUUCGAUGAGAGCAGCCUCAGUAGCUCGUUUGAUAUAUUUAAAACGGUCCUGCCAAAAAUUCCGAAAGAGACUGAAGAGCGCAUUUUCAAAAUCCUCUCGACGCCGAUGUCUUUUAAAAGUGAUGCUUGUGCCCUUGCUAUCGCCAGACUUUACGUACACUUCUCUAAAGACCCGAAUUCUGCUGCUAUAUUGAAAUCAGGGGCCCUUGAAAAUUUGCUUCGAUCUGUAAAGCAAUUUGGUGAUUCCUCUAACCUGGAAAAAUUGGAAACUGCAAUUCUAAUUGUAUUGAGGCAGUGCGUCGAAACUAAGGAUUCAAUAAAGAAGCUGAUGACUAAAGAGAUCAGAGCCUGGUUUAUGACUCAACGUUUGGCAGACGCAACUGUUUUCAUACGAGCUAAUAGUCAUUUGGUAUGCAGGUCACCUGAAAUAUUUGUUGAAGUUGCGAGUGAUUUAUUAACUGUUCAGGAUACAAGUCUGUCUACUACUCAUGUUUGCUUGAAAGAGUAUCUUAUUAAGCGGAGGAAGAAGAGCUUGCAGUUGCCCAAGAGGUUAUCCGUGGACGGGUCAGAGACGAUAGUCCCGAAGGAAACUGAUAGUGCUGAAUCGGAACCAAUAAAAGAAGAGACUGAGAUUCAGAAAGAAGAUGUCACUAUGCUUGGAAACGACACCGCAGGGCAGUCCAAGGCGCCGCAGCUUACUUACUCCUCAGGCGUCAUUAAUCUUAUUUUAUCAGAACUAUUUAAAUUGAACCCUGAAGAAGUUUACACGCUGCCAACAAGGACUGAAGCUGCACUUCAAGAAUACAUGGCGAAGAACAAGACUGAAACUCCAUUCAAGAGCUCUGAGCACAGACCGUUUAUCUACUUCUACUUUUUGUUUAAAGUACUAGUGGAGUUAUUGGGGUCUUAUAAUCAGUGUAAAUUGGAAUUUUUGAAUUUUUCCGCAAAAUCCCAAUUUCCAGCACCCGUUUUUGGAAGUAAUAUUCAAACAAAACCUAAGCCAUACACUCUUCUACAUUUUGUCUUCGAAUAUCUUUCUGUUGGUAUUGUUAAUCCAGCCCAGAAUAGUACUCCAAUUAAGGAAUGGACGUCAAUCAGCACUUUGGCAUCAUCCGCUAUUCUUAGUCUUAUGACUUCUACUGGAGAAUCCGACUAUGGGGCUACGAACGAAGAGAUUCAAAAUGAUUCCGUCAUAUUAUUCGUGCGUAAGUUCACGCUAGAUGUUAUCGCAAAGACAUUAAAAGAUGUUCAUGCUACAUAUUCUUCACUGGACAUGAAGUAUAGCUUAUUGUCGUCGUUGUCUGAGCUUUGUCACAGGCUCUUAUCAAACCGUCCAGGGUUUUCGUCUGCCGAGCCAUCAAAUGAUAUUGCAGACGGUGCAGCUAUUGCAAAGAUCAUGUAUGAUAAGAAAUUUGCUUCAUUAUUCUCUGUCAAUGUGGGCAUGGUUGAUUUGAAUUAUCCUCAUGUUAAAAAAGUUGUUAAACAGGAUUUGCGAUUUUUGCAUAAAUUGUCAAGACUAGCUCUAGACAUAUCUGAUCAGUUAGGUGGCGAGGAGGGCCAGGAUGUAAAUCUGGAUGAUGAUGUAUAUGAUGAUAGUGAAUUGGAUAUCAGGGAAGAUACUCCGGAUUUGUUUCGUAAUUCAACUCUUGGAAUGUUCGAAGUAGGUGAUCCUAUGUAUGAUGAUAGUGAAGAACUUGAAGAAGAUGAAGUUGUUCAAUCACAAGAUUCAGACGAAAUGGACUAUGACGAUGUCAAUGAUGAAGUUAUUUCGGAUGUUGACGAAGAUGGUAGCGACGAGAACGAAUCCAUCGAUUUUGAAGACGACGAAGACGAUGACGAAGCAGAGUCCGACGAAAGUGAUAUAGAGGCUGAUGUGGAUGAUGACGGAAUGGGGGUAAGUUAUUCUGUAGUUGGCACCCGGUAA